AUGAGCACUAUCCUCACCGACGUGGAUUUCAAUGAAACGAGAGCCACAGAAAUUAAUGUCUGCGCUUGGGUGUUCACGGGGAUUGCAAUUGGAACGGUCGCUUUAAAACUGACCACUCGGGCCCAGGUUAAAAAGCUGGGUUGGGAUGACUUUUUUAUUUUCCUUUCGCUGGGUUUAAGUGUCAUUGCUGCAGCGUUCGUCUCUUACUCGGUUACAUUGGGAUUAGGGCGUCAUACUGCUGCUGUCAUUGCGGAACAUGGCCCCGAGAGGCUUGCUUUAACGGCUUAUUGGCAGAUUCUGGGUUAUCCGUUCAACAUUGGAUCCUUCAGCUUCCCAAACAUUUCCAUCGCAAUUCUGAUCAGCAAACUGUUGGACCGAAACCCGUUACGCACAGGAUGCCUCUAUGCAAUGACAAUCCUUCAAGUGGUGCUCGCUCUGAUUUCGAUCUUCGUCAUCUUCUUCCAAUGUACACCCACAGCCGCCCUCUGGGAUCCCUCUGUGAAGGGAAAAUGUUGGAGUACGAAAGUCUUCAAUGACUAUUCAUAUUGGGUCAGCGCAUAUACAACAGUAACGGACAUUGUUCUGGCCGUGGUGCCUAUUCGGGCUUUUUGGAAUCUGCAAAUGCGGUCCUCGACCAAGCUGGGAGUUUGCAUUAUGAUGGGACUGACUCUAUUAUCCGCUAUCGUCACUGUGGUCAAGGCCACUUAUUUGCAUCUCUUCACUGAUCGGACAGAUCCUCUGUUCAAGGUGGUUCCAUUGGUGCUUUGGGGACUAGUAGAGCAAAACGUCGUCAUUGUCGCAGCCUGUAUUCCCACCCUCCGUCCAUUUUUCCGCAAGACCUUUGAGUCAAAAGCCUCGCAUUCGGGAACGGCAAACUCAAGUUCAGGGUUAGGCUUCAAACUUUCAUCUCACCCUUCACACGGCGCAACCAAGCCCAUCGGUUCGGAAUCUGAGAUUCCGCUUGGAAAGCCAAAGCAGCAGGCAUUUGAUUCGGAGAGCAACAGUAGUCAGCAGGGUAUCUGGCAAACACAGGAGAUCUCUGUGGAAAGCGAUGAGGAGACAGACUUGGAGGGUGGUGAACGCAGACACUAUCAAGAGGUGGUACCGGCGAAUCUGCGCAUUUCAAAAUAA